GUCCGCGGGGCCCGCGCCGCUCUCCCAGAGCCAGGAGGACAAGCUCGAGGAGGAUGCCUGGGCCCGUCCCGCGCGGCCCCGGGUGAGGCCUGCCCGCUCGCCCGCCGGCACCAUGGGAAGGAGCGGGCACCGAUACUGCUGCCCCCCGCCGGCGCGCGCAGGACUUGAGCCUCGCCGCAGGCAGCCCCCGGCCGCAGGUCCCCAAGUGACGCUGGCGGCUCCUGGGAGCGUGGCGCGGGCCCGGGGCCACGUAGAGGAGCCCAGUGUCCAGUGAAGCUGCCGAGGACCCGCCGCCCGCGCCGCCGCCAUGGUUAUGUCCCAGGGCACCUACACGUUCCUAACGUGCUUCGCUGGUUUCUGGCUUAUCUGGGGGCUCAUCGUCCUACUGUGCUGCUUCUGCAGCUUCCUGCGCCGCCGCCUCAAACGGCGCCAGGAGGAGCGACUGCGUGAGCAGAACCUGCGCGUCCUCGAGUUGGAGCCCCUCGAGCUCGAGGGCAGCCUGGCCGGGAGCCCCCCGGGCCUCGCGCCCCCGCCACCACCGCACCGCGGCCGCCUUGAAGCGCCGGCGGCGCACGCGCACCAACACGUGCACGUGCACCCGCUGCUGCAUCACGGGCCAGCACAGCCACACGCGCAUCCGCACGCACACCACCACGCACUGCCGCACCUGCAGCCGCCGCACCUCUCCGUGCCGCCCCGGCCCUGGAGCUACCCGCGCCAAGCGGAAUCGGACAUGUCCAAGCCUCCGUGCUACGAAGAGGCGGUGCUGAUGGCCGAGCCGCCGCCGCCCUACAGUGAGGUGCUCACCGACACCCGCGGCCUCUACCGCAAGAUCGUCACGCCCUUUCUGAGCCGCCGCGACAGCGCAGAGAAACAGGAGCAGCCGCCGCCCAGUUAUAAGCCGCUGUUCCUGGACCGAGGCUACACGUCGGCGCUGCACCUGCCUAGCGCCCCGCGGCCCGCGGCGCCCUGCCCUGCACUCUGCCUGCAGGCGGACCGAGGCCGCCGGGUCUUCCCCAGCUGGACCGACUCGGAGCUCAGCAGCCGUGAGCCGCUGGAGCCCGGAGCUUGGCGCCUGCCGGUCUCCAUCCCCUUGUUCGGGAGGACUACAGCCGUAUAGAGGGGUGCCCGGCGACCCGACCCCCAACAGUAGACUCCUGGCCUGACUGCGAGGCUUUUUAAAUACUUCCCUUGGACUGCGGGGGGUGGGAGGGAUUUCUUACCCCAUUUGUUACAUUUUGAGGAUA